CUAAAAUGUCACCUGUUCUAUGCGUACGAACUCAGAACAGAUUAUGUGUAUCCUUCCUCAAAUCCUAUGAUUGCAUAAAACACUAUUCGAAAGUUCGCAUCUGCGGAUUUAGAUAAUGUUAUAGGGUUAUGAUAUACGAAGUAUAAAGACAACAUUUUUCUAUGAGUGAUAUCUUAAAUCAGUAUGAAUCAGUUACAAGCUCUUAGACAGCUCAGAAUCAGAGCAACUCAGUCUGCCUUCACUUAUCUGGGUUCACUCAACUCCACCAGGUCCAGCCAUUCCCAGUCCCAUGGCAGCAAUUCACUGCAUUUUUCAACUUUAAAUGUUGAAGAAAUAUCUGGCUCUCUACCUGCUGAAGUGUCCAACUUGGUGCAGGGAAAGUGGGUAAAGUCUUCCGGCUAUAGCACAAUAUUGGAUCCCUUAAAUGGGGAGUCAUUUAUAAAAGUUGCAGAAGUACAAGAAGCAGAACUGCAGCCGUUUGUUGAGAGCAUGAUAAACUGCCCCAAGCAUGGCCUACAUAAUCCAUUUAAAGCACCAGAAAGAUAUCUAAUGCUUGGAGACAUCUCUGCAAAGGCAGCUCAUAUGCUAUCACUUCCUGAGGUUUCAGACUUCUUCACAAGGUUAAUACAGAGGGUGGCUCCUAAGAGUUACCAGCAAGCUCUCGGCGAAGUUGUUGUCACACAAAAAUUUUUAGAAAAUUUUUCUGGUGAUCAGGUCCGAUUUCUGGCGAGGUCUUUUGGAGUGCCAGGAAAUUAUCUGGGACAGAUCAGCCAUGGUUUUCGCUGGCCUUAUGGUUCUGUGGCAAUUGUUACUCCCUUUAAUUUUCCCUUGGAGAUUCCUGUACUUCAGCUGAUGGGUGCAUUAUAUAUGGGAAAUAAGCCUGUUCUUAAAGUUGAUAGCAAGGUAUGCAUUGUAAUGGAACAAAUGCUACGUCUGCUUCAUCAUUGUGGGCUGCCAUUGGAGGAUGUUGAUUUCUUAAAUUCUGAUGGAGAGACUAUGAACAAACUGCUUUUGGAGGGGAAACCACGCAUGACUCUAUUCACUGGUAGUGCGAGAGUAGCAGAGAAGUUAGCUGGGGACCUUAAAGGUCGCCUAAAGCUGGAAGAUGCUGGAUUUGACUGGAAGAUCCUUGGCCCUGAUGUUUAUGAGGUGGAUUAUGUUGCUUGGGUUUGCGAUCAAGAUGCUUAUGCAUGCAGUGGCCAGAAGUGUUCAGCUCAAUCAUUACUUUUUAUGCAUGAGAAUUGGGGUCGAAGUCCCCUCAUCAACUUAAUGAGUGAGCUUGCUGCAAGGAGAAAGUUAGAUGACUUAACCAUUGGUCCGGUCCUCACGCUUACUACUGAAGCAAUGUUGGGGCACAUGAAUAAAUUGCUGAAGGUACCAGGAUCAAAGCUUCUCUUUGGUGGUGAACCCUUGCAAAACCAUUCCAUACCUUCAAUUUAUGGUGCCAUUAAACCAACUGCAGUUUUCGUUCCUCUCGAAGAAAUCAUGAAGGAUGAAAACUACGAUCUUGUCACGAGAGAAAUCUUUGGCCCAUUCCAGAUUGUCACGGAAUACAAAGAUAAUCAACUGCCCAUGAUCCUGAAUGCUCUUGAAAGGAUGCAUGCAAAUUUAACCGCUGCUGUAGUUUCAAAUGAUCAACUGUUCUUGCAAGAAGUAAUUGGCAAUUCUGUCAAUGGGACUACAUAUGUCGGAAUCAGAGCAAGAACAACAGGGGCACCGCAAAAUCACUGGUUCGGUCCAGCCGGAGAUCCGAGAGGUGCGGGAAUCGGAACACCAGAAGCAAUAAAGCUGGUCUGGUCUUGCCAUAGAGAAAUUAUAUAUGAUAUUGGGCCUGUGUCGCCAUCCUGGCAACUUCCACAAGCUACAUAAUGGAAAUCCAGGGUUCAUCUUUUUCUCCUUGUGAUCAUUGAAUAAUAAUAGUAGUUUCUUUCUUGGGGAGCUGCCAGAUUAAAUGAAUCGACCUGUUCAAAGACCGAUAAGAUGAAGAGGGCGACGCUUGGCUCUGUCAUAUGUUGGUAAAAUCUUCCCUGUCCUCUGUCAAUCCACAGGCAAGAACAUAAUGUAACACCUUGGUAUGGCCGUUGAGCUUCUGCAAUAAAAUAAAGCUCCCAUUGUUUCACUAGCUAGGGGAUUGGACUAUUUGGCUCUAGAAUAGCACCCUAAUAUGUACAUAAGGAUGGACCUGAUUGCAUGUCCAAUUGUAGCGCCACCCGUAACUGGAAUCAGAAGAGGCUGUUGUUACAGGUUUGGUUCCGGUCUGAACUGUUCCCACCCAGUUCUCGAUUCUGUUUCUGAUUGAUUUUCAGUCUUUCUUAAAUUGGAGCCGGUACAGUCCGGGCCUGUGUGGGAGGAACUGUCGAACCCAAACCCGAUUUGGCUCAAAGCUGAAACUCCAGUUUGGCUUCUAUGCAAAAUAGCGGCCUGCCACCCUGACUGGGUUCAUCCCCUACAUGUGCUCCCAAGUCUCAACCGAUCAUGUAGCUUAAAAGAUCUAAAAAUUGCCCAAAUUGCGUCAGAAAUUGAAAGUUGCUUGCAUUUUUUUUACUAUAAAAACGAAUGCAAUGAAGCUCCCGAGUGGUUAAACUCAUGAAAUUAAACAAGAAACUAGUCAAAAAACAUAGAAAAUUAGACAGCAGAGUGAGAAAAUAGGUGAGAACGGGUGGGUAUACUUUUAUACGAUACUACGAUAGUACUCAGUACUCACCUAUCAUGUCUUCCUUAUCUCUAGAAGUGAUGUUCAUAUUCUUAAUUUAAACGUUAGUAUGAUCUUUCGUAAAUUCUUUUAUUCCUUACUAGUUACUACAAAAUUUAAUCCGUUUGAAG